AUGUAUAAUAUUUGUGGUACAUCAGGUGAAUUUCUAGGAGCAAGAAUAUGGUCUCGUUCUCAACUAGAAAAAACUGAAACACAAGCUAAAGAAACUGUUGAAUGUAUUUCUCAUGGAUCAAUAUUUUCAAUCGAAGGAGAUUUCCAAGUUAAAUUAAAUCGGUAUAAUAUCGAUGCGUCGAACAAAGAUAUUGGGAAUUCAGUAUAUUGGACUGGAACUAUUGUACAUGAAAUGCUUCAUAAUUUAGAUCAUAAACAUAAAGAUAAUGAUUAUAGUAGUCAAUGGCAAAUUAAUACAUUUAAAAAAUGUUUUAUUUAUAAUGGAAAUUAUUCAUCUUGA